CAUCUACCUCUGAUCAUUCUUUUUUGUUAAUCACUACAACUAUAACAUUUAAUGAACAUAGAAAUUUGUAUGCAUAUUAAUUUUUACAUUAUUCUUAAUCUAUUUAUAAAGUCCAGUUAAAAUCAAAUUUAGUUAUAUAAAGUCGGAUUAAUAAUUGCUAUAGUAAAGCUGCGGUCAGGAACUUCAAAAUUCAAAUAAGUACCAUCAUCGAUCAUCAAAGUCUAAUCAGAAAAUCUCAAACCCUAAAACUCUUUUCAAUCAAGAAAAACCCCAACAAUUUUGCACAUCUCUCUCCCAGAAAAGCCAAUUUAUUUGACGAAUUUGUAGCAGUGACUAUUAGAUUACACAAAAAAGACAAUAAUGGACGAAAUGGGUGAACUGAAACACCUACAAACACUAGAAGGGCAUACAGAUCGAGUAUGGGGCUUGGCUUGGAACCCUACAAAUACCAAUAUUCUUGCUUCUUGCAGUGGUGAUAAGACUGUUCGCAUUUGGCAACAAGAUAUUUCUGGCUCCUUUCAUUGCCAGGCAGUAUUGGAGGAAACACACACAAGAACUAUCAGAUCGUGUGCGUGGUCACCUUCAGGCAAAAGGUUGGCUACUGCUAGCUUUGAUGCUACUGCUGCAAUAUGGGAAAACAUUGGGGGUGAUUACGAAUGCGUCUCAACUUUGGAGGGCCAUGAGAAUGAAGUCAAAAGUGUUUCCUGGAAUGCAGCUGGUUCUUUGAUUGCUACUUGUGGGCGAGACAAGUCUGUUUGGAUAUGGAUAGUUGAGCCUGGAAAUGAGUUUGAGUGUGUGGCAGUAUUACAAGGUCAUACACAGGAUGUUAAAAUGGUCCAGUGGCAUCCUUCAAUGGAUCUCUUAUUUUCGUGUAGCUAUGAUAAUAGCAUCAAGAUAUGGGCUGAAGACGGUGAUGAUGAUUGGCAUUGUGUUCAGACACUAAAUGAGGCUAGCAAUGGGCAUACUUCAACAGUAUGGGCUUUGUCUUUCAAUGCUAGUGGUGACAAAAUGGUGACUUGCAGUGAUGAUCUUACUAUCAAAAUAUGGGGAACUGACAGCUUGCAUUCAGAAUCUGGUGAUGACUUUGCGCCUUGGAGACAUUUUUGUACUAUCUCAGGCUGUCAUGACCGCACAAUUUUUUCAGUUCAUUGGUCAAGGAACGGUGUAAUUGCCAGUGGUGCCGCAGAUGAUGCCAUACGCUUGUUUGUUGAGAACGAUGAAUUGGUAGAUGGCCCGAUGUACAGGUUAUUAUCAAAGAAGGAAAAGGCACAUGAAAUGGACGUGAAUUCUGUACAAUGGAGUCCUAAGGAAAAACCGUUGCUUGCUUCAGCAAGCGACGAUGGAACAAUCAAGAUAUGGGAGUACGCAUCUACAUCAUGAUUUUACGUUUCAGAUUGAGGACCGUCCCUGCUGCAUUUCUUCAUAGCCAAAUGUUAGCCCGGCUAAUUGCUUUUCAUGCAAAAUGAAGUGGUAGUUAUUUUACCGAUAUUCUUGUAUUAUCUCAGUUUCGAACUUUUUGUUGCAGAAUAUUGAACAGAACAUUAUGUUUAUACCAAAUUUUGUUGGUGUAUAACAGAAAUAAUUGGGGUUUCGGUUCAUACAUGUAAAUUUGAUUAACAUCCUCGAUCGAGAGUCUUUUUAAGUGUAAUUUUCGCAUUUUUGUGAGUAAAUGUUAUGCUUUAUAUUGUGUGCAAGGAACUAAUUCUUGUUUCCUCGGCGUUUUGACGUUGUUUUAGAUUACAUGCAGUAGUCUAGAUUUUUGGUAUCGCUUGACUCGUUUGAGUGUGUUGAUAAGUCACAAAUUACAAGAAUAUAUGAACCAAGGGACUUCUCAAAGUAAUGCUCAAGCUAUAGCCAAAUUUCCCACUCUUUAAAGACUUUUUUUAAAGUCAUAUUUUUGUGUAGAUCUUCUAUGUGAGUUUCUAUUAAUAUUAUAACAUAAGUAAAAAAAAUAUAUUUUAAAAUAUACGAUUUAUUAUAAAUCAUUAAAAAACAAUGUGAUUUACAAAUCAUUAAGAAACAAUAUGAUUUGGAUUUAUCCAUCAUAUCACAUUCAUUAUAUCUCUCUUAUAAAAGAAAUACCAAAACAACUCAAUUGCAAUUUAUUCAAUUUAAUUUACGAUUUAGACCAAUUUUUAUUCUGAACAGACUAAAAAUAUACCCCACGUGGUUUUUGUGAAAUGAAAAUAUAAUAAUGAAUCACAAAAGAUCUAUGACAAAAUUAUUGGUAAUUGAGACGCCAAAUGCUCAAGCGAAACGACUAGUAAUUGACAAUCCUCGUCAGCGUACAUCCUACACACAUUCUUCCCCCUCAAACUCAAACUGCUGCGAAUCAAAAACAUCAACAAAUUUUACACAAAACCCAUUUAAUUCUACCCAUUUCUGAGAAUUUUUUAUUGACGAACCCUACUGAUUG